AUAUCCACCACUCCGCGAGCGAGCCAUUGCAGAUUACACAAGAGAGAGAGAGAGAGUGUGUGUUGUUUCGUUCCAUUUCCAUGGCGAAUGGAUAGCGUAAGCGAAGAACCCUCGCCCAGAACAACAAUCCUCGAAAAAUGCUUCGGACUCACAUUCACGUUUUCUCUUCCUUCGCCGCUCCACUCCAUCAUUCCUCGCGCGUCCGUUCCUCUUCUCUUCCGACACGGCGUCGUUUGGCGAGGACCGCCACCACGACUCACGAGGCCAAUCUCAAGCACCUCACUUCGCGCAUUGUGCAGCUCACUCGCCGAAAGCAGCUUCGCCAGAUUUUGGACGAGGUUGAAGCUGCGAAGAGGCAUUUCGGGAAGCUUAACACGAUAGUGAUGAACGCGGUGAUGGAGGCUUGUGUGCGUUGCGGUGACAUCGAUUCGGCGCUCAGGAUUUUCGAUGAGAUGAAGAAGCGCGAUGCUUGCGGUGUGGAUACUGUCUCCUAUGCCACGCUUUUGAAGGGGUUAGGUGAGGCACGAAGAGUUGAUGAGGCUUUUGAAUUGCUUGAAACUGUGGAAAAUGGCACUGCUGCAGGAAGCCCAAACUUGUCAGCUCCAUUGAUCUUGGGUCUGCUAAAUGCCUUAAUUAAAACAGGAGACUUGCGUCGUGCAAAUGGUCUCCUUGCCCGUUAUGGUUUUGUGCUUCGUGAAGGUGGCAAUUUUUCAGUCUCAGUAUACAACAUACUAAUGAAGGGCUACAUAAACUCAGGCUGUCCACACACUGCAAUAAACAUGCUCAAUGAAAUUUUACGUCAAGGCAUAAUGCCUGACAGGCUCACAUAUAACACACUAAUUUUAGCAUGUGUCGAGAGUAAAAAGUUGGACGUUGCAAUGCAAUUUUUUGAGGAAAUGAAGGGCAAAGCACAGAAAUUCGUCAAUAAUGAUCUGUUUCCAGAUAUUGUUACAUAUACAACAAUGCUUAAGGGUUUUGCACAGGAAAAGGAUCUUGCUUCAGUUCUGAAAAUAGUGCUGGAAAUGAAAUCUUAUCGGGAAUUAUACAUCGAUAGAACUGCUUACACAGCAAUAAUUGACGCUUUACUAAAAUGUGGCUCAGUUAAAGAUGCUCUGUGUAUUUUUGGAGAGAUACUGAAGCAGGCUGGUCUGAAUCCGGAGUUGAGGCCAAAGCCUCAUCUCUACCUUUCCAUGAUGCGUGCCUUUGCUUUUCUGGGAGAUUAUGAUCUUGUUAAAAAUUUUCAUAAACGGAUUUGGCCAGAUUCAGCAGGAACCAUAUUAUUAGUUGCUCAAGAAGAAGCUGAUCACCUUCUCAUGGAAGCAGCACUGAAUGCUGGCCAGGUUGAUGUUGCCAUUAAAACUCUUACAGAGAUUGUUUCAAGAUGGAAAGGCAUAUCUUGGACAAGUCGUGGGGGCAUGGUUGCUUAUCGUAUUGAGGCCUUAUUGGGAUUCUCAAAGUCAUUAUUCAGUCCUCACUUACUUCCUCAGGUUUCACCUUCUGAACCAGUUGAAAAUUAUAUGAUACGAUUUGAUGCGACACGGCCACUACAAGGUACCAUAAAGCUGAGGAAAGUGGUUAUGCGUUUCUUUGAUGAAGCAGUUGUUCCUAUUGUAGAUGAGUGGGGCAGUUGUACAGGGCUGUUAUACCGUGAAGACUGCAAACAGAGCAUGUCAUCGGGAGAAAAUUGAAAUGCCUAAGAGCUGAUAAUGGUGAAGAAUACCAUGGUUCUUUUGAAGCAUAUUGUAGGACCCAUGAAUUAAACUUGAGAAGACACCAGCAAAGACACCAUAACUGAAUGAAGUUGCUGAAAGAAUGAAGCAAACCAUUGUAGAGAAAGUUUGAUGCAUGCUAUCUCAUGCCAAACCCCCUAAACCAUUAUGGAUUGAAGUUGUGAAGAUUGUUGUAGAUGUGAUCAACUUGUCACCGACAGGACCUUUGGGUGGUGGUAUCCCAAAGGAGGUUUGAUUGGGAAAGAAGGCAUCAUACAAUCGCUUGAAGGUAUUUGGAUGUCAAGCAUUUCUCCACAUUCCUAAGGAUGAAUAAAGCAAGCGAAGCUUGACUAGAAGUCCAAGGAGUGUAUAUAUCUCACCCAAAGAUGAAUUUGAAUAUCAACUGUGACCCCAUGAACAAAAAUAUUGUUAGAAACAAAAAUUGUGUUCCGUAAGGAUUAGACAAUUGAAGAUGCUAAGCAUUGAGGAAAACCUAUUUCCUGGGCUAACACUAAUUUUAAUCAUGCCUAAUUCCUUCUGCUCCAUGAUGAUUUAAGGGGAAAGAAUCCACAUAUGAUCCUACCUAGCUAGACGAUAAUGCAGCCUGGUCUAAUGCUAGAACCUGAUCCAACAAUACAAAGUCGAACGAUGCAUCCAUUGUGGUCAAUUAAAGAGCUAGGGAUACUGGCUACAUAUGAACCCAAAUAAGACGAUCCAUAAAAAGCAAACAACCAUCAAGAUACUUUUCAGAUGAAUUUGUAAGCCUUAUUGAUGAAGGGGAGUCUGAAAGCUUCAAUAAAGUUGUUGAUUCAAAUGAUAAAGAAAGAUGGAUGCAAGCAAUGAAAGAAUAAAUGCAAUCCUGUAGGAGAAUCAAACAUAUGACUCGGUGAGAUUGCCAAAUGGAAGAAAUAUGCCGAAAAAAGGGAGGGAUUCAAGCUCAAAACCGAAGAAAACAACCCAAAUCUUACAUUGAUAAUCAUUUAACAUGUGGAUUUGGCUCUUCUAUAGUGAAGAGAUUUCACUUUAGAGGAGAAAGUGUAAUAAUAACAGUUGAUUAAAAAAUUGACGAUGAAUAUUAUAAUUAAUUUUAGAUUUUACUAUACAUGUACUUGAUUUUAUCAUGAUUAUCAAUUGUUGAUUUUUAAACAAUAAUUGUGAGUG